CCCGGCUGUCGGUGCAUAGCGUUCCUGCAAAACUGCUGAACGGAAAAGGACCUUCGGGAAAUUUCUCUGGACACCGCUGAAAUUAACAAACCUAGUGGCCCUGGGCCUUUCCAGUUUUUCCGGGCAAGUGGAUUUCGAGGCAACAUGUCUGCUUCAAUGAAAGAAUGCCUGCAGCUUCAGCUGCUGGAGAUGGAAAUGCUGUUUUCUAUGUUUCCUAACCAAGGCGAAGUAAAACUUGAAGAUGUAAAUGUCCUGACGAAUAUAAAGCGAUAUUUGGAAGGCACGAGGGAGGCACUGCCGCCAAAAAUUGAAUUUGUGAUUACCCUCCAGGGGUAGGAGGAGGAGCCCAAGGUGAAAAUUGAUUUGCAAGUAGCCAUGCCUCACAGCUACCCCUACGCAGCGCUGCAGCUAUUUGGACGGUCGUCUGAGCUUGACCGACAACAGCAACUCCUGCUCAACAGCAACCUCACUUCCCACAUAGGGACUUUUGAUCCAGGUGAGCUCUGUGUCUGUGCCGCAAUCCAGUGGUUGCAGGACAAUAGUUCCUCCUAUUUUCUGAACAGAAAGCUUGUUUAUGAACCAUCUACACAAGCAAAGCCAGUCAAGAACACAUUCCUCCGAAUGUGGAUCUACAGUCACCAUAUAUAUCAGCAGGACCUAAGAAAAAAGAUUUUGAAUGUUGGGAAAAGGUUGGAUGUGACCGGAUUUUGCAUGACAGGAAAGCCGGGUAUAAUCUGUGUGGAGGGCUUCAAAGAGCACUGUGAGGAGUUCUGGCACACAAUUAGGUACCCCAACUGGAAACACAUUUCCUGUAAGCAUGCUGAAAGUGUCGAAACCGAAGGAAAUGGAGAGGAUCUGCGCCUUUUCCAUUCUUUCGAAGAAUUGCUCCUUGAGGCCCAUGGCGACUAUGGAUUAAGGAACGACUAUCACAUGAACCUGGGCCAGUUCUUAGAAUUUCUCAAAAAACAUAAAAGUGAGCAUGUGUUCCAGAUAUUAUUUGGUAUUGAAAGUAAAAGUUCAGACGCCUAGGAAGCUAGUAAGAGGCCUGUGCUUAUAAUUUCUCUAAGUCGGUAUUUCUGUGAAUAAGACCAAAAUAAAAGGGCCAGUGGCUGUUUGGCAUCCUCUGUGAGACCCCUAGCCCCACAAUUUUUACCUGGUAAUGAAACACAAAGGCCUUUUAACUUUAUAACAGUGCAAUGGUGAUGUUAUCUCUAUGUUCUUGUGUUAACUGAAAACUAUUUAAUUGUAAAUUAAUAAAAACAGUCAAUUUAA